CGGUGUCCAAUCCACGUCAGAGUUUGUGCUGACGUCCUGAGCGUCAAACUGUUGGAACGAGACCAGAGACCAGAGAACAGCAAGAAGAGAUCGAUAUUCUGUGGAGAGACAGAGAGAGAGACAGCGCGCAUGCAGCCACACUGAUGCAGCACUGACGCCACUGGCUCCGGUGCUGGAAGAGGAGGGAAACCAUUUCUUUUCUGCCGACGCCAUAUUGGACAGAAAGAGAAUGGCAGACAGAACAGUAUAGGUCAAAGUUUUGUUUGUCCUAGGCCUUCUAAGGUGCAUAGAGCUGCAGGAAAAGAACAAAGAAACAGCAGUGGGCGUUCGAAGGCCGUAUUUCACUAUCUUCUCGCUGUUGUAGAGAAAAAAGUCCGUGUGUUUAUUCUCUUCCAUUCAUGGGGGCCCACGACGAAACGAUCCAUGGAGGAGCGGUGUCCCCGGCAGUCGGCGUUGUAAUCGGCUUGGCAUGCGUGGUCUUCGUGGCUGCAAUGGCCGCCAUGGCCUACAAGUGCUACCGUCGGCGGAUCAUGCGAAACGCCCAGAACCGCCUGUCGUCUGCCAUCAAGAAAGGUCUGCAAGAGAGCAGCUCGGGCAGCUUCAAGAAGAGCAUCCCAGUGCGAGGCACAGGCGGCGGCUCCAAGGUGAUGAAGUCCAAGGCCACCAGUCCCAUCACGCCACCUAGCGGCGAAGGAUCCUCCCUGGAGCGCAUGCCCACCACGGGCUUCUCGCAAUCGGGUGGAGGAGGAGGGCUUGACCCCGUGCACGUGAAAGCCGCGGAGGUGUACCUGGAAAACGAAAAGGAUGGCGCCACGCCGGAGAAGGAGGAAGCUCAGCAGCGGUGCUGCGACACGGACGAGUCGGGGGAGGCUCCUUCCCGCCAUCCUCCUCCCACCAAGCUGGGGAGUCUUAGCUUCUCCGUGGAGCAUGACGAAGCCCGCUGCGCCCUGAUGGUCAGCGUGGUUCGUGCCAGCGACCUGCCACCUCGUGACCCCGCCGUGGGGGGCUGUGACCCCUACGUCAAGCUGCAGCUGCUGCCGGAGAAGAAACACAAGUGCAAGACACGGGUCGUGCGCAAGACCUUGAACCCCGAGUACGACGAGACCUUCACCUUCUACGGCAUCAAUGCCAACCAAAUGCCGGCCAUCACUUUGCACUUCGUCGUUCUUAGCUUCGACCGCUUCUCGCGCGAUGAAAUCAUCGGCGAGGUCAUCUACCCCUUGUCCGACAUCGAUGUGGAGAAGAAGGAGGCACUCGUCACGCGAGAUAUCACGCCGCGCCACCUGAAGUUCCGGAAUCAAGGCCGUGGAGAGUUACUCGUGUCCCUCUGCUACCAGCCCGCAGCUAAUCGUCUGGGAGUGGUGGUGCUAAAGGCCAGAAAUCUACCCAAGAUGGACAUCACUGGACUGUCGGAUCCUUACGUCAAGAUUUAUCUCCUGUACAACGGCCAACGCAUCGCCAAGAAGAAGACCCAUGUCAAGAAGCGAACCCUGAACCCCGUCUUCAACGAGUCCUUCCUUUUCGACGUCCCUUACAAUGAAGGCCUGCAGAACAUCUCGCUGGAGUUCCUCGUCCUCGACUGGGACCGCAUGACAAAGAACGAGGUGGUCGGGCGCCUGGAGAUAGGGGUCAAGAUCGGAGGACAGGAGGCCAAUCACUGGAACGAGGUCAUGAACUGCCCGCGCAAACAGAUCGCCGAGUGGCACAAGCUGAGUGAGUAGCAGCUUCCAGGAGACGAGGGGCAAUCAGCCGUGACCGCCAUGGUUGGGCUGUCUGUGGACAGAUGGAUGGAGGGAGUGGGGGAUGCGGGUGCUGAAGGGUAGAUUAGUGGAGGAGGGAGGGAUGUCUGUAAGAGACUGUUAGAAAUAUUAAAAAAUGUAAUAAAUGCGUGUGAUACUAAAAAUAAUGAAGUUUUCACAGUGCGCAGCUCCCUGUGUGUUGUACAACAUGGUGAGAUCAUAGAACAAGUGAUAAUGAUAGCUAAACCAUUUAAAAGCCGGCGGUAAUUAUAGUUAAACCGUUUAAAAAAUCCACGAAGUUUAUUUUAAAAAUUUGAGCGUCUGUUUUAGCGGGUGGUGAUUACAGGAAGAAGAAAACCUCGUUCUGUAAAGUUUCCCAUUGUCCAACAUUUCGCUCAAUAAAACUUCAAGUAGAAACUGCGGUUUGCUCAUGAUAAGUUUUGCUGUUGAUCUGGGAGUGCUGAUGAAGGGAUAAACGAUCUGUUUUUGUAUUUUGUUUCUGAUUUUAAGUUCGUUUUCGUUUCGUUGGUUUUCCAAGAGGACAAUGGAUUGAAAAUACCCUCUAACCCGAGUAGUUGUAGAUACAGACUUCUCUGUAAUAACCCAUUAUCUACAUUACCUAGGUCAUUACUGACCCCGAGCUGAUCGUAACCAAGAGGAUACAUAUUGUAUUUGUAAAUAGCCAAUCAUGAUGUUUUCUACAUUGUAAUAGUGGUGUCGAAGCACUAAAAGCCCAUUGGAAGGUCACACUGUGGCGCAUGCGUCAUGUGUUGUUGUGCGUGUCGUUGAUGUGCUUGUCGUCCAGCGUCGUUGUCCUGUCCUUCGUGUCCAUCGUGGACUGUCCGACGAUUUCUGAAACAAAUGUGAGCAAGAUUUUUAUUUUUUAGAGACAGAGGUGGUAAGCUAGGAACUAAUGGUAACCAUGUAGCAAACUUUCACUUCCUUGUGAUUUCUGUUGACAAACGGUGCACCCGGGGUGAACUCAGUGCGAACGCGCAAUAACACAGGGUAGGAUACCUUCACUUUGACAGACACCUUUGGACAGGAGGAUUUCUUUUUGUGUAGCUCUUCAGCAGUGAUUUGUGGCUAGGUGGCUUUCUUUUUUAUUUAAGGAUUCAGCAAGAAUGUCAUCUAUGAUCCGGGAAACCAGAUGACCUCACACAAACUUUAUUGCUUUUUAUAAUUAUUCGACAAAACCCAGGUGGCAUGAUCUCCCUUAAAAUAAAAAUUUUCAAAAUAACACAUAGAACAUGAUUAAAACAGUGUUACAUUCUCACAGUUUUGUUCUUAUAAUAUCUUUUUGGAGUCUUUCCUUUUUUUAUUUUUCCUUAUUUCUUUCUUUCUUAUUUGUGAGCCAUUAUGUCCCAUCCACGGUUUUAUCAUUACCAUUCUUCUUGUAAUCCACAGGGAAGAGAUUAUCUAUUCUGAAAUAUUGUGCAAUAGACAGAUUCCAAAUCCAGUUGACACUGAAAUGAUGUGAUAAAGUCCAUACUUAUCAUCAACAUAUUGCAUAUAUUGAUAAUGUGUAGUUAACUGAUGGUAUGAAUUCAUCAGAAGACAUUUAUUUGCACAAGAAGCCUCAACUACAACAGGAAAAAAAUGAAUUAAAAAUGAAUUUAUUUCAGGAAAGGAGUCCUAACACAAAUAACAAAAACAAACAUAUACUAAAUUCACAAAGGCUGGAGAUGCUAAAAAACCAGCAUGUCGAACUAAUGGAAGCUUUGCCAUGGAAACAGAUGUGAGAAUGAAAACAUGUGUCCCGUCCCCAUCAUGAAUGUAAGAGGGAAUCAGAGGAACUAAGUGAUGUUGGUCUCCCACCUUGUUCACCCUCAGCUUCACUUCUCCUGUCAUCAACUCGUUGCGUAAGGCGUUCGCUUCCUUCUUAUAUUUUUGUCGGGUAUCCGUGCACCCGUACAGCCGGCAAAAGAACGGAUUCAUUUGCGCGAGUGAGGUCUGUCCUUUAAAUUGAAACAAAAUGUGAGAGUUUUAUCGUAUACACAGUUUGUUUUCUAUUUUUUUAAAUCUUUCUGAUUUACUUUUGUAAUUUGUAUAAUUCAUUUAUUUCUGCGUGUAUUCGUUUUUAACACACAAUCAAACGCAUAAAUAAACACAAAAUAUUUGAUAAUUGCGUGGUCGCAAACAUAGCCACUAAACUUAAUUGUUUACAGGAGUCUGCUGAACAAAAAGAAGCUAAUUCUACUCCGUACACCCCUUUGUUAGUCUCAUUGCUGUUUUAUUUUAGAAGUAAAUCUCACUUGAGUGCUUUACAUGCCAAACUUAAAGAUCAAAGAUGAUAAACCUCAGGUAAGUAAGGACAAUAGUUCAAGAUGCUUUGUGGCUUCAACAUAUAGCUUUAACAACAAAAUUCACUGUGUAAAUAGUAUGUUUUGUAUGGGUGCUGGUGUCCAGAUUACGAGAUUGAAAUGAUUGUGGAUAAAGUUGUCUCAUUUCUGAUAUAAACAAACACCUGCACAUCAUUAUCAAAUGUUCCGACUUGCCGUAGUUGCACUUUCGGUUUUGAAUUCAAGUCUCGUGAAGUCUGCUUCCGUUGAAAUUUUUUUUUUCAAAGUGAUAGUCCUGGCUUUUGAAACGCAGCAUGUAGCUCUCUCUUUCUCUCUGUCUCUCACUCCCUCUCUCUCUCUCUCUCACACACACACACAUUCACUUGGAGUACCUUUGGUCCAUCUCUGCCAUGAGGACUAGUGUAUUGCUCUCUCUGUCUCCAUGACAUGACACCACUCAGAGGAUCGUUCUAUUCUCCUCAUGUUGUUUGUAUGAUCGACACCAUAGCAUUACAACUGAUGCCAUGUUUAAUGAGGUGACAAACUGCUGCAAUGAACAUUAUGAACGGGUGCAGCCGGGUGGCUGUUCUAAGAAGACCUUACACGUCUCCUUCCUCCUCCAUCAACUGAUGAUGUUCCCAAGGGACACGCGAGGCAUGAAGCACAAAAACACCUGUCUGGCUCCAUCACCUCCACCAUCCCACUCCCCCAUCCUUGAUCUCCAUCAGCAGCCACCGAGGGCAUUAAGUGCAGCACACACGGGCAAGUCGAUAUCUGAAAUCCUUCAGAAGGGGAAGACAUUCUGGAAUCCGAGCGUUCAAACUCCUCUCUUUCUUUUAUUGUAAACCCUGUUGAAUGAUAGUUCUUACCGCUUGGGUCCCAGUCGUAAAUUAAUCAGUUUUGUACAUAGAGUUUGUUUUUGAUGUCGUUGUCUUAAUAAUGAACAGUAUUUGUUUUUAUCUGUUUACAAUCUUAUUCUAUGGUCCGACCGAACAAACACCCACCUAUUUCUCAUCUUCAUCGUGGUCCUAUCAUCCAUGUCGACUAUGGACCACCAAACGCGGUUUUGCGAUGUACAUAUAAACAUCUGUUCUUGUAGAAGUCUUUCAGGCAUUUGUGUGCUGUGUUGAAGCUGAUUGAACAAUAUUUGACAUAUUUAAAUUUUUGAAAAAAAUAAGCAAAUAUUUAUGCUUGGAACCUUUAAUUUUAAAACAUUAAAUCUUUUUAGUUCCUGUAGACCAAUGUGAAAAUUUUGAAAGCAGGCUUGAGUUCUAUAAGACUUUGUUUAUCUCAUAGGGCAAUUAGAUAAUGUUAUCAUAAUUAGAUAAUUAUGUGCACACAUUCUCAUCCCUGUAAUAAACUGUAGUUUUGGUUUCGUUCCUUCCUGUACCAAGUUUGACGACAGGAAGAAAACAGUUUAUUAAACUAUUGAAAAUUAACAGGAAAGUUGGCUUGACUGUCGAGCAUUGCAAUUAGCUUGUAAUCACAAGUAGUGCACUGCGUGUAAUUAAUUAUAUGUGCAUGCAAGUAUACCUAUCUAUGUAUACCGCGGAUCUUGUACUUAACAUUACAAUAAUGUAAUUAUUGGAUUCUUCGAGAUUGCGUGUCACCUGUCUUCUUUCUUUAUUUCUCUCUCUCUUGGUCUUUCUGGAUUACACCUUUUCCUCUUCUUUCUUUUCUUUGCUUCACUCUUAUUCUCUCUUUUUUUUUUUAUCAGACUGUGUGUUCUUGUUUUUCUUUCUACUCUUUCUUGUAAUUUUUUUUCAGUCACCAGUUCUCCCACAUGUGAUUACCUAUUAUACUGUAUUCGGUUCGAAACCUCGUACACAUCACAAUUGUUUUGCUGCAACCUUGUGUCUUCAAUGAUGUGGGCUUCACUGUUCGCCGACACUGUGCAGCUGUUCUUUCUUCAGUGUAAGCAGUUCAUGCCAACUUUAUUUGAUUAAAAACAGAAGUAUUCUUGUU